AUGUUCUGUCCAAUCAGACCUCGCAAGCCCGCUUUCCCAUUCGCGGGAAACACCUCCGGGACUCUCUCUGUGACCUGCAGCAGCGGUGCGCCGUCUGCACCGGGGAGGCGGGGAAGCUCAGCGGGAGGAGGUGGCGGAAGAAGCCGGGUAUCCGGGAGGGAGCCCAGGAAGAGGAGCGCUUAUGGAACUUCGAGGAGAUCGAUCCUCAAGAAGACCUUCUCGCAGGAGCAGGUGGUGUUCACCGCUCCCGUGGCCGACGACCCGGUGGUGGGGAUUAUCGGGGGUGGUAUUUCGGGGCUGGUCUGCGCGGUUACGCUCGAAAAGAGGGGGAUUCGGUCCACUGUCUUCGACACGGUCAGCGCCGAGUUCUUCAUACUCUCCAAUCUUCUGUUUAUAUGCUUUGAUUUGUUGCAUGCGGCUUUACGAAUUCUGAAGAAUUACCACCGUUAGGAAAACUCGUUACCGCGUCUAGUCGGAAAAGGAAAGAAAUGGGUCGAUGAUUUAACGAGAUUGUUCUUGGUAUAUACAUACGUGGAAUGGAAUUGAUCCUGAACCACUAAAAAAAUGCUGCAUGACCCACUUAAGAGGGGCCAGUUAAUGGGGUUACCUUCAAGUUAUUAUUGUUCAUGGGUUGGUGGUUAUCACGAGAAAAGCUCCAGUUCGUGGGUUGGGGGCCGACGUAUCGCGCAGAGAUGAUUCCGAAGUUUAGAAGGAAGUAGCGGUCGUGUUCGGACAUGCCUGCGCUGAAGUGUUGAGAGUGUGGGGUGCAGGUGCCUCUUCCCCGCUACAUUAUUCUCGAUUGGCGUCCUUUACAGAUUAACCAUGUAAAAUAGGUGGGCUGGAGGUCAGCGGAUCUUUCCACUUGUACCUGAAUCGCUCGAUUUUCUGUUGUCCACAGAGCUGGGCAAAUCAGUGUUCUUUAUCACUCCUUUAUUUUACUAAAAUUGAUGUCAAAGUUGACUCCGUCAGAAGGACAUCUGCCAAUAUCAUUAUUUUGUAUGGCAGAGUAUUUUGACAUUUUUUCUUUUCUUUGUUUACUUCCAUAAGCAUACUGAACAGUUUUCUGUCGUUGUAUCGUUCUUCAGGGGGUGCAUGGUUUGGGUGGGCGUAUGGGGACAAGAGUAGUUGACCCUCAUCCACUGGUGUUUGAUCACGCAGCCCAGUUCUUCACUGUGAGUGACCCCAGAUUUCAAAUGAUAGUGGACAGAUGGGUCAAUGAGGGGCUAGUUCGUGAAUGGAAGGGCCUGGUUGGGAGCCUUGAAGGUGGUGGUGAUUUUACGCCUAUCCCUCCUUCUCCUGCGAGAUACAUUGGCACCAAAGGGAUGCGACCCCUUGCGGAUUCAAUCCUAUCUCAGGUAUCAUUUGCUUGUUUCUGCAUACUUCCCACUUUGAGAUAUAUCCACUGUACUUAAUCUUUAUAUCUUUAAAUGUUUGACCUUCUUUGGAAUGUAUAAAAGCUCACAGUUUUAAAAAAAUAAAUGAUUUUUUUGUACUUUUUAUCUUUCUAGUUCAAAUUAAGGGUUUGAAUGUGGAAAGACGAGAGUUCUAUGAAAGCACUUCGGUCUUUCAGCACCUGAGGAGUCUCAUAGUAACUUUUUAACCAUAAUUUGUGAUAUUUCCUCAACGCAUGAUGAUAUCUGAGUCAUCAAUCCUCGACAUUAUGCUGUCUCGACUAUCAAAUCAGGACCUUGGAGUGGAAGACGCUAAUUAUAUUCCAAUACAACGAGGCAACCUCUUUAAGUACACUAAUCUUAGUCUUGAUCCCUAGUGAAUGAAGUAAAUACAUAAACUUAACCAUUGUAUCAAAGAAUGGAACGUAAAUCUUUCUGGACAGUGUGCUUGAAUCCCUAUUAGUAUUCUUAUUUUGUCAGGGCCUUUCUUGGAGUCAUCCAUGUAACCAUCUGUCUACGGAGACCCCAGAAGAAAUUUUUUAUUUUUAUUUAGCUCAAAUCAGUGGCGUGUACUGUACAUUCUGGACUCCUGUGUCUGUUAAAACUGCGUGGUUAUCAUUGUUGGCUUUCUUCUUUGGCAUCUUAUUGUUUUCAUCAAGGUUCAAAUGAUGCCCGGUAAGUAAUUCACCUUAUUAGGGUUUUUAUGCUCCUUGACAGUUCUAGUUGGCAACCGUCUUGUAAUUUAUUUAUUUUGACCUGUUCUGAGAGGCUCUUCCCCUGGAAAUGCAGAGCCGUAUGGUUAAUGUGAUGAGACCUUGCUGGAUAAGCAAAAUUGAGCCAUUUAAUGGGUUGUGGCACCUGAGCGAGAACGGGAAACCUCAAGGGCAUUUUGAUUCUAUUGUAAUUUCCCACAAUGGUAAUUGUACGCAUUUGCCUUGACUAUCCCCACCAUUUUAUUUUAGUAGGUAUACAUUCACGUCUAAGUUUGGUGUAUUUUCUUACGGCUGCCUAUUCCCAGCAUGCCCAUCAUUCUGUUUUAUCACUAUAUCUUGAUAUGUUCUUUUAGGUUAAUGAUAUGAGCUUUCCAAUUUCCCUGCAUAAUAUUUGUACUAAUUAGAUCAGCGAGUGCGCAAGUGUGGACUUCUGGUAGCUUUACUUCUCUUUCUUUCUACAGGAAAAUGUGCAAAUCGUUUGCUUUCUUCAUCUGGGUUACCAUUGCUCACGAAACAAAUGAAGGUGAACUUCCUGGAGGGAUGCUUUGAAGACUCCUUGAUAGAUACUGCAUCUUUGAAGGCUAUUGAAUUUGAGACUCUCCUUGCUGCUUUGCUUGACAGUAGAGGCUGGAACUGAGUUCCAUCUGGGCCCUCCUCGCAGCGUUUGAAGAGCCUCUGGCCGCUCCCCGGAGCCAUGCUGUUCCAGCAUUUGAAGGAGCUUUCGUCGAAGGCAUCGAUGCGGUUUCGUGGAUGGCAAAUAACACUAGAAAACUUUUCCCGUCCAACCUUGACAUGCCCCAUUGUUGGACCUUUUUCAGCACUGCUUCUUAUGGACGACAAAAUAAAGUUCCCCAAGUGAGUUCGCUUUCUCUUUUUAUAUGCAAUUUUUCUUCCAUUUUGCAUGGUUUUAUUCAUUUAUGACGACACGGGUCAUUUCUUGAUCAGAAUUUCUGCAUAAUGAGGCAUUUUUGUGCAGUUAUUUUGAUGUGAAUUUAUCCAAAGCUGGCCAUAUAAACACCUUCAUCUUUCUAGGAAAAUAUCCCUAAAGUAACGGCUGAUAAGGUGAAGGAAGACAUGCUUGCGGGUGCUGAAGUUGCUCUUGGAUUAUCUAAGGGCUCUCUUCAACCAUUCUAUUCACGAGUCCAGCUGUGGUCUGUGACAAUUAAUCCUUGAUUUUUUAUUUUAUUUUAUUUCCAUCGAUGCAGGUGGCUUGAGGCUCACUAUUUGCUAUGUUUUCUCACUACUAGGGGCGCAGCGCUUCCCACAAAUACACCCAACGUUCCCUGCAUCUUUGAUCCCCAUGGACGUGCUGGAAUUUGUGGGGAUUGGUUGCUUGGAUCAAGCGUAGAAGCUGCAGUCUUGAGUGGAAUAUCCCUCGCCGAACAUGUGAGUUGCAGUUCCAUAUGCUCAUCGAAGUUUCAUGAUCAUAUGAAUGAUCUUUCAGAGAAGAGUCACCUCUGUGAAAAAAUAUUGCAAAUGAUGCCUGGCUUUUUAAUAUUCAUUAUAACGAAGAAGAUAUCUUUUUAGAUGAUCCCAACAUAAUUUUUAGAUGUAUAAAGCAACUAGAUAAUUGGUAUAUUUCGCUCAAAAAUUGGCAGAAGCGUGAUAGAAAAAGGGAAAAUAUGAGAAUGGGCUCUGAAGUUUAAAAUUUAUUCAUAUUGGGAUAGUCUAGUUUUAAUUGAUGACAUACCCAUUUGACUCUGCAGAUCGCAGAUUAUUUCAAGAGCGGUGGAAACCACCCCGAUGAAUUCUCUGUCGGCCUCCACAACUCAUUUCAACCGCUUGAUGGGCAUGAUAUAGGUCAAUUUCCUGGUCUAAAAUCAGAACAAAGUGCAGUGGAACUGCAGACGACGGCUCCAUGA